GUUAAAAGUAGGACCAGGUGGAAACUGCGCUAUUUACACUCAUCACAGCAGCAGAGUAGUAGAUCUCCUCAGAGGACCUCACCAGGGAUGUUAAAAUGCCAAAGCUUUUGUUCUCAAAGAUUCGUUUUUACGAAAUUAAGGGUCUAAUCCCGAACGUGAAGCGGCCCAGGAGGAUUGACAUUGUGCUUAAUCGAAAGAGGCGUACGAAGGAUGUCCAGUGCUUCUCAGAGCCAAAGCUAAAUGAGACAUAUUCUUCAAACCUUAGCUGGCCGAAUGACCACAAACUCCACUUGACUCUGGAAAAAGUGCUAAAGGAUAAAAAAUACUUCGCAGCGUUCCGCUCUUUUCUGAAGUCUGAGUUCAGUGAGGAAAACAUUGAGUUCUGGCUCGCGUGUGAAGAAUUCAGGGCGACCGCCUCGCCAGACGACCUUCGCUGGAAAGCAGAGAACAUCUACCAGGAGUUCAUCCAGCCCACAGCAUGCAGAGAGAUCAACGUCGACCACCAUGUGCGGCAGAAGAUCAAGAAGUCGCUGGAGAAGCCGAGUCGAUUCUGCUUCGACGAGGCCCAGAAACAAGUUUUCCUGCUGAUGGAGAGAGACUCUUGCCCGAGAUUCUUGCACUCAGAUGCCUACCUGAGCCUGAGGCGUAAGUCCAGGACUCUGUGGUACAUUUAGCUUUAGGAGGAAGCUGUUGUCCACCUUAAAGCGCAAAGACAAACCCCAGCUUGUUUAAACCUUUGUGUUUGGCUGAACUGGAAAAAAAAAAGCUAUCUGACGCUGUACGAGAAGCGAAGCUCGGAUCGAAACCGUUUUCUUUUUGAGGAAAAUGAACCUAGCACUAGCUGUAAACCCAAACUGAGACACAGUUUUCAACCACGUGCAAUGAAGUGGAUAAAAAUAAAGCAGGGGACCAUUAGAGAGAAGUAACGUGAGUGGAUUUAUACGUGUGGAGGAGAGAGGAUGCCUUUGUGUCAGUGAUUUAAAUGGCUGGGAAGAGUUCAGGAAGAGUUUCAAAUGUGCUGUAUGUGUUAACUGAAAGUUAAAGUAAGUUGAAGUGCAAGGACUGAUAAAUAAACAGGUUCUGAUACGUGUAAUGAUUCAGUUUCGUUGAUUAAUCUUGCAUGAUUAAUCUUGACCAGCUACCUACUUCUGCAAAGCCCAAGAGGUCAAUCAUACUUUUUUGUCUCUAACUAUUCUUAUUUUCUGACUCUUUCCAUAUAGUCAGGGUUUAUAUUUAUUUGACUAACUGACUAACUGGAGACAUGAGGAUCGGCAUGAGUCAAAAAAAAUAUAUUAAAAAAGGAAGUUUUCCACAGCUCCCACAACAAGGGGAUUCUGUUCUUGGUCACAUGUUGGCUAUCUCCUCUAAUUAGGUGCAGGUAUGACUCAACGCACCAGCAACGGGGUUUACCAAACUGGAAAAAAGUAACCCCUCUGUAACCCUUGAUCCCACUCUGUUCUGUAAAUGGCCGUAUUCCUAAAGGUUGUGCCUUAAAAAGGAGUAGCGAGGCAGCUAAUAAUAACUCGGGGGGCUUAAACGACAACACUGCAGUCGUCAGACAACCUGAUGCGUAACAGAUCGGCCUGAACGUGUGCUGCCUUGUUAUGGGAAUAAUCUCAUCAGACAAUGAUGGGGGAGCUCCACUAGAGGAAACUCGACUUUCAAACGAGGAAAAAAUAAAUGUAUAUGAAAAGAUUAAGGCUCACUGUGUAGUAUAGAAAUUCUAUAUUUUACAUUUUGUAUUUUCAUAAUACUCUAAUUUACUAGAAAACAAAUGAUUAUGGAAUGACUGAAAAUUAUUUUUAUAGUUAAAUCUUCUGGAUUAAACAGUGUUACUGCUC